AGUGGAAGAAAAAAAGUAUUUGACUCCUUUCUGAUUUUGUAGGUUUGGCCACUAAAAAAAGAAAUGGCUAUAUAUUGGGAACAUAUCGAGAGGAAAUCUGGUCCAGUUUUCUUUACAAAUGACUUCUAAAUCCUUUAGAUGUGGUGGCUGUUGCUUGGUAACUCUGAGCUUCAGCUCCCUCCAUAGGUUUUCUACAGGAUUGAGGUCCAGAGACUGGCUGGGCCGCCCCAUGACCUUGAUCUGCUUCUUCUUCAGCCAUUCAUUGGUUCCAUUGGACCGUACCACGACCAAUUUGAAGCCUCCCUGUGGAGGGAAGGAGGUCGUCACUAAGGAUUUGACGAGGCUCUGGGACCGCUGUGCCUUUAACAGCCCCUCUGUUCACGGAUCCCUGCCCAGAAAGUUUAUUUCCCACUUCCCAUUCAGCCACAUGGACCGGCGCCGUCACGCAGAGAGUGCAGACUCUUCCCUUCAGCAGCGGCGGCAGCGGCAGCGGCAGCAGCAGCAGGUCCUCUGUCUUCCAGAAGGAAUCCUGAUCCUCGGAGAGGUGAGUUCUGACUCCGAGGGUCACUUCGACACCCCGCAAGCGGCAACUCCAGUCCACGCACCUCCGACCGGGCCGGGAGAGCUGGAGAAGGACGGCGGGGACGCAGGCGGAGCAGAUGUGGAGCCGGAGCAGAACCUGAUAGUGGCUGCUCCCCUCGGGGACCAGGACCUCCUGAGCGGCCUUAACAUGGGUCAGGAGGAGCCCACAGCCCCCUUUGGAGACACACUUCAGAUUAGCCUCCAGAACCUUGAGGAGGCAAAAGAACAUCACCACCCAGAAGGCUCAGACUCUUUGCCAAACGUGUCUUCUCUGUAUAAAGUGACGUCCCAAGACACAGACUUCAUUGCAGAUCCAGGACCAGCUCCAACUACAAGUCCUGCUCUCCUCCUAGAUCAACUCCCAGCACAAAGCAGUGGACAUCCAGACCUGACUCCUCCAGAUUCCACAGCAGAACCAGAGCUGAAGCACAAUGGCCUUUCCGAGCAUGCUCCAAAGACCAAAGCAAGUAAAUCCAAACCUCCAUCUCUGAAGACCAGGACCUCCCUCAGUGCUCAAACAGACGAGGAACAGGAACUUCCUGUUCCCAGGGCUACGUAUAACUUUGAUCCGAGCCAAGUCGAUGAUGGCUUCAACCCCUUCAUCAGUGGCGGAUCCAAAAUCCAGAACUCCCCCCCACCAUGUGGCCCAAGCUCUCCCCUCAGGCUGGAGCCUCUCGGCAGCGAGCUGCCGGAUUGUGAGGACAUCUCAAUGACGUCAGCAGAGCCAGAAAUGAUGGAUCCAUCCUCAGCAGGGAAGCCGGUGUUGCUGGAGUUUGGACUGGAUGAGGGGACUGCCAGUAAGCCCCCCCCAAAGAAGUUAGGAGGGAGGAAGACGAUCAGCAAACUCGCAACAAGGAAGCCGAGACCAAAAGGGUCAGGCGCUUCGUCCAAACCGCCGCCAGAACCUUCAGAGACGGAGACGAGUUCUCAACCAGUGUUAGAGUCCGCACCAGAACAGCUGCCCUCAUCGGAAACAGAACCAGCACCAACAGACCCUUCUGGACCUCUGAACUUGGAUGAUGUUCCCAUCCCUAAAUCUGGGACAUACAACUUUGAUCCCAGCCAGUGGGAAGACCCGAACUUCAACCCGUUUGGCAGCAGCAGCAAGAUGAGCGGUUCUCCGCUUCUCUCCAAAGGCUCCUACAGCUUUGACCCGGACAAUUUCAAUGACUCCGUGGACCCGUUCGGACCUUCCAGGACCCUGAACUCGGAGGAUUCAUCCUGUAGCGGUUCAGACGGAGGCAAACCGAAAGCCAGGCAGGCCUCUGGGGACAAAAAAGGAAGACAAAUUCCCAAGAAAAACAAAGACAGGACAAUCACGACAUCCGAACAAGUCAAGUUUCUCUGUUUUCUGUUGAAUUCGUGUAAAGUGCAGAAGCAUGAAGACACUCCGUCCCUGGUGCUGGACGUCUGCAAUCAGGAGGACCAGGAAGUGGUGCUUCAGACUCCAGAAAUCACGCAGCGAGUUCAUCACGCCACCGACGAGGAAAAGCUGGCGUCCACCUGCAUGAUCGGAGCGCCGGCAGAGAGUCGGAAGGAGACGGAAGAAACCAAAGUGAAGGAUGCACCGAUGGUAAAACGACCAUCCGAUGACACGCCUGCUCGGGAUGGUUUGGAAUUCAAGGUGGAAGAGCACCUGGAAGAGAAGCACACCUUCAGCUUGAAAGAGGAUAUAAGCAAGGCAUCCGUGAACCAAACGGGCAAAAAGCACAGCGUUGAGUUCCUGGACGCGGCGCCGCGGCCGCUGGACGAGGUCCACCUGGGCGAGAUGGACAAGGCGGCGGUGCUCACCUUGAUCAGAGAGGAGAUCAUCACAAAGGAGAUGGAGGUCAAUGAGUGGAAGAAAAAGUACGAGGAGAGCAGAGCGGAGGUGAUGGAAAUGAGGAAAAUAGUUGCAGCUUAUGAGAAGACGGUUGCUCAGAUGAUCGAGGACGAGCAGCAGCAGAAGAGCCUCUCGUGCACAAGGUCGGUCAGACAGUUGACGAUGGAGCGCGACCAGGCGGUGGCCGACCUCAGCUCGGUGGAGCGCUCCUUCGCCGACCUCUUCCGGAGGUACGAGAACAUGAAAGAAGUCUUAGAAGGCUAUAAGAAGAAUGAGGAGGUGCUGAAAAAGUGUGCACAGGACUACCUGAUGCGCGUCAGGCAGGAGGAGCAGCGAUACCAAACCCUUAAAAUUCACGCCGAGGAGAAAUUUGAUAAAGCAAUCGAGGAGAUGGCCCAGAUACGCACCAAGGCCAACGCUGAGAGUGUCGCACUCAGUGCAAGUCUCAGAAAGGAGCAAAUGAAGGUGGAGUCACUCGAAAAAGCUGUCCUUCAAAAGAACCAAGAGAUCGAGGAGCUCAGUAAAAUCUGCGACGAACUCAUCGCCAAGAUGGGAACAGAUUAAGAAAUCUUUAAUCAGUCGCUUUGGUCACUGAUUAAGGAAAAAACGACGCAUCGUUCCUUCAAAGCACAGCAGCAGCAGCAUCAAGAGAACUUGAUCAGUUUGAAAGAGAACUGUGUGACUUUAUGUUCAUCUUUAUUUUUUCAGCUUCUCUGUAAAAUCUCCCUUGGGAUUAUAAAAUCGAUUUUACUGUUUUGGUUUGAGUUUAAGAUCCCACGUCUGUAGUAACCACAGCCAGCAGGAAAUGCAUCAGUGAAAUGCCGCACAAAAGACAAAUAUUUAUACAGAGUGCCUAAACUAAAUGAAGAGGAAUUUGCUUCUUGGUUAUUCUAUAAAGUCUGUUUUCAUUUUAAUUAAUCAGGUGGGGUUUUUUUCUUAAAUAUUGAUUUAGUCCAUUUUACAGGAGAACUGGUAAAAUUGCAGGAAUAAAGUCCAGACUAUGAAAAGUGUAACCCUUAAGUCACAAACGUGAAAACAGCCGUUUACAAUGACUUGUAUCAGAAUAUUUGGAGAAUAUGAAGCAGUGAAAUAUUUGUUUUUUUAUAAUGCAGUGAUAUAAAACCAUGUGCCAAUAUUUCUUUUUCAAUGAACCAGAUUCAGAAGUUGCAUAUUAUAAUGUAAAUAUUGGUGGAUUUUAUUUCGUUUUGCUUUGAACUUUGGGACCCGGGCCGUGUUGCUGGAUGAAGUGCCACACGUAGUGAAUUUUGGUUUGCAGUUUUACGGCUUUACCUGUGCUGGUAUUCCUGCGUUUUUAUGAAGCGUUAUGGUGAUAUAAUGACAUUUCCUUUACUUAUAUCGAUGUUUUCUGGUCUGAACUUGAAGGAGCACAUGUUUGCAUUAUUUUUGUAUGAAAAUCCUAAUUCAGCACAAUCAGAUGCCAAAUGUCAGAACUGGUUUUAUUGUGACAUCUCGUCCUGUUGGCGUGACGUUGGCUUGAAAAUUCCCUCUACAGCAGAUAUUCAUUCUAUUGCAGUACAUUUAUGCUCUAUAUUUUAUAUGAGACAUACGUUAGGAGGUGCCGUGCAAAUAUUUUCCAAACUAAGAAGUAAACUUGGAUGUUAUUUUGUGUAUGUCUAAAUAAAUGGUUACAACGGA